AUGCCGGAGGUUAAUGGUUUGCAAGCGGAUGAUUUGGAGGCGGCCAAUGGCGCGCAGUCUGCGGCGUCCACCAGCGGGGGGCGCGAUGGCGGGGAUGAGGAGGCCACAGAGUCGACUAUGGGCAAGCUGAGCUACGUGACGUCGAUGGUGUUCGCGCGGCGGCCCGUGGAGCUGCACAGGCAGAUGACGGGCAGGAGCAGGUUUCAGGUCGCCGGGACCAAGGUGCUGUCGAUGCUGUCGUUCCGGCGGCACGCGCGGGCGCUGUCGGACCCCAACGUGCGGGGGGCGGACCGCCUGAGCCACGUGGUGAGCCUGGAGGCCAAGCUGGCGCACCACCCGAGGAAGCACGAGGUUCUGGCGCAGCUCAAGAAGUGGCAGCACCGGGAGUACAAGGGUUUUGGUGAUCGCAUGGCCAACGAACUAUUUGUUCUUGGGGAGAGGAUCUUUCUCAUCUUCACACCAAAGGAGAUGAACAACCAUGACCUUAUCUACACCUGGGGCUUCUUCCUGUUUCUCGUUGUGCCAUUCUUCUACAUGGCGGGGGAGUUUCCCCGUUGGCUAGAAAGCCCAGAUGCAGUCGUGGACCUUCAGAUCGUCCGAGACAACCUGAACAAAAUUGGGCCCGAUGCACUUGUAAAAUGGGUCGUCAAGCGUGGUGACGCAUACCAAUUCUCGUCCAACUACCUCAUACUCUGGGGCGGAAGAUAUAUUCCGCUAAUGGAGAAUGGGGCAGACGUCUACCGGUGGAUAACUUCACUCCUGAUCCACCAAGACCUGGCUCACCUGCUGAACAAUGCCAUCAUAUUUCUCCUGUUCUCUACACACCUGGAACACAAAUAUGGAACACUGCGGAUUGGUGCUCUGUCUUUCUUUGCUGGAAUUGGAGGAAAUUUGCUCAGUGCUGCGUUUGAAGAUGUGUGUGAUGUGGUGGUGGGCGCAAGUGGAUGCUGUUUUGGCCUGCUGGGACUGUUCGUGGCAGACAUGUUGCUGAAUUUCGAGUCAGUCACCUUUCCAAUCCUGAGGAUCUUUUUCCUGCUUCUCAUGCUGUCGCUCACGAUCAUCACCCUUUUCCAGGAGGGCAACACAUCUCACCUGUCUCAUGCUGGCGGUUUUUUGGCUGGGCUCUUCCCGAGCUUUGUGUUUCUGCCAAACUUGCACAAAACGAAAUUUGAGGCGGUUUUGCCAUACCUAGGUUUCUUGAGCAUCGUGUUCUUUUAUGUUCUUCUUCCGAUCUACGUUUACGGCGACGUCAUACCGAGCAACACUUGUCUGUAA